AUGGCCCGAAGACUCCAGACAACUCGGCGCAAUGAGCCUACUGUUUCCACUGUUGGAAGCUCCGGUUGGCGGUCCUUGGAUAAUGAGUUAACUGGGUAUGACGCGGGUGAAGGCACUGCAUCUAUAGGUCAGAAACUAGCAGAUGGGUUUGAAAGGGAUUAUGCCAUUGAUAUUUCAUCAUUGCUUACGCCAAAUCCGCCAAAAUCCUUUCGCCAGUCUUCUAUUUCUAUCUCAGCCGACCAGGCGAAGAAUAAGAGAUCGGGCUCAAGAACAGAAGGUUUACCAGCCUCAGCCCAAGGUAUCAAGCUUAAGGGGAUACCCCAAAACAGCAGAGAAAAACCGAAAUUCUUUAAGGAUAACGCUCCACGCUGUCUGAAGAGCAAGGGGAACCAAGAGAUCAACCUGCACUCACUGCAUCCGUUACAACCCAUCCCAGAGUUGGAUGUCACUGCUGAAUUACGGAAACUCUGGGAUGAGCCAAGGACAAGACCAACUGCUCCUCCUGUCUUAUGGGAUGACUCGAGGUAUUUUCACAUUGGAGAAUCUUCUAACCGAGCUAGAGUUGGUAGUGCGGCGGAUGCACCAACAGCCAUUUCGAAUUCCUCAGUGGGACUUUGUGGAUCUGGUAGAUUCAGAACAAAUUCAAAGCAUAGAGGCAGAUUGAGUGAUAACUCUAAGGGAUUAAAACUUCAUCCUAGCCCUCCACCAUCGCCUGCUCCCUCCGACGUGCUCUACGAUGAUGGAAUGAGCUCUAUCAUAAAUACUACUACGGCUGUUUUUCCUGACAUAACUCAUGGUUCGCAAAGGGUGUCCACGCUUAACCCAAGCUUACCACUAUCCCCUGCUCCCUCGGAUGAUCUCCGUAGUGAUGGAGUGAGUUGCCCGGAUUCCCCAGCUUUGUUUUGCAGUGCGUCCCAUAAGUUUAGCCUUCGGACUCGGGGUCGCCCUUUAAACGACUCGAGAACUACCCCUCAACUUCCAGUCCAGCUUCUCGAGACUGCUACCACAACUUUGGCCUCUAUGGACAAUGAAUGGACUAGCCAAAAGCAGAGGUUUAUGCCACGGCAAAGGCCUCCAUUACGUGAUCUUUCAAGUAAUGGAUUGAGAACGAGGAACGCUCUCCAUAAGCAUGCUCAGAUCUGCUCUACUAGCAAUUCAAGUUCACAUAAAGAAAAUUUCCACCCGCACAAAAUGCCUCAACUACAUUUCGAACACGGCCCACAAAGUGGAAGGAAUAACAUCCCUAGGAACCGUUCGGACAUCUAUAUCAGUUUUUCUGACGCUCCUGUUGGAAAAAACAGGGCUUCUAUGAACCUCGGCUCUGAUAACGACACGGGCCGACUGAAAAAACAAACAACCCGAUUCUCACAAAACAAAGUGGCCAGCAGCAAAGAAUUUUUACCAUCUGCUGAUGCUUCUCCGAAGAUAGACAUAGAACUUCAAGUUACCUCUAGUACCGUACAGCACAGCCCUGACGCUGGAUUUGUGUCAUCUGCUGCUUCUGGUUCUGAUGCUGGAGUUGAUAGUGUCGAUAAUAAACCUCGCCGACCCUUGUCAAGGAGUUCCCGGUUCUCUAGGCCUCCCGCCUGCUCUGCUUCAGUCUCAAGCUUUCAAGAUGUUGAUGCUGACCCCUCAUUAACAGCUUUGGUAGAAAUUUCAUCUACUAAGUCAGUGCAAGAAUCAAACUUGGUUAAGGGGCCUCCGGCGGACAAACGUCCAAACCAGGAACUUUCUGGAUCGCUUACGCUCGUGCUCGACCUACAAACCUGCUUGCAGCGUCUAGAGAAAGAGAAUGAAGCUCUGAGCAGGGAUAUCAGGCGGCUAGGCCGUGAGAACCUAGCUCUCUCUGACAGAGUGCAGGCUUUAGAGGCGGCCAAUUCUACCACUGGAGCAAGGAUUGGGGAGUUGAGCGACGAGAAUCUCAGCAUGAGCACCAUUCUGAGAACUCUUCACAAGGCAACUAACGCUACAGACGAGAAAGCCCAGACGCUAAUUGGGGGGAUUUCAGGGUUGUGCGACAAGGAAAUCACCCGCGAGCAAACAUGCCUUACAGUUGACGACAGCUUAAAGAAAUUAGCAGGGAACCCCCUUAAGGAUGAUCGAACUGAAAUGUUGGAUUCCGGAACUGUGGCGAGCCAUCGGCGGGAUACAGAGAAAGUAGUUGAUCCCGUUGCUACUACAUCAGGGGAAUCGCCCUUAGAUGAUACUCUGUUGACACUAAUUGAUGAAAGCGCGAUUGAAGACCUUAGGCGGAAAUUGGAAAUAGCCCAGAGAGGUAGCAGGUGUGUUAAAACCUGCCACAUACCCAGCCUUUGUCGCAGCAUCUCCAUACCACCUCUGUCUCAGGCUCUUGCGGAGAUUGGUUUAGGAGUAGAAGUAUCAGAGUCGGACUCCCCAUGGGUAGAGGACGAUCCCUCAACAUUGCCCCCAGUUAAAAGAUGGGUACAGCGCGGACAAUAG